GUCAAUACAUCAGUCAAUCAGUUUUCGAAUAAAUUCAAACAAUAAAAAAGUAUCAUCAAUUGACUGGAAAUAAAACAUCCGUUUCAACAAUUUCAUACGACAUUACUUCCUAAAAAAAGAGAAAUCCUAAUUUUCAUUCUAUCAGAAUAAUACAUAACUAAAUACGUAUAUAACAUUUAGACUUAACAAAGAUAUUACUAUUAUUGUGUAUUACCAUAUCAUGAAGAAUAAUGGAAGCCAAUGGUAGCUUUUUAACAAGUUCAUCACUAACACGUGAAGAAACCACAGAACAACCAGGUGGACCAGCACCAACUCCAGCUGAUAAAACAUUGACUCGAAUUAUUUCAACAAUAAAUCAUGAAAAUUUGGAUUAUUUUCAAGAAUCAUUUAAUAAAUGUCAAUUAACCAUAGAAGAUAUUCUUGAAAUUCUUGAACAUCUUGAAAUGUCAAAGAAAUUAAAAUCAUACAGUAUGAACAAAAGAUGAAAAAAAAUCAAUAAACACAAGUAUAUAUUAAUAAAAUUAUGUAUCUAUCACUUUCAGUGCAUUAUUUAAAGAUCAUAUCUUAAAUAUGUGUAUAAUCUUUAAUGAGUUAUAUUCCUAUACACUACGUUCUGUACCUUUUAAGAAAUAGCAUUUUGAAUGAUUUAUCUUUAUUCAAAACGCUUGUAGCUGAUGUAAUGAUCAAUUGUUCUUUGAUUACUGGGUAUAGAUUUUAUUGUGAUCUUUACCUAAAUAGAUCUUUAUUAAAAGUAUCCAAUUAUAUGUGAUAGGGUAUCUAAUAAAUCUGAAACAAUAACGGGAAAAAAGCUUAUUAAUUCAUUUAAACAAAUAUAUCUUGUUUUACUAGAAAAUUCUAUCUUUUUUCACAUUUCCAUAUUAAUAUGAAAUUUAAAAAAAUCUAUCACUUUGUAAUUAAAACAAUGACUCUUUACUUAUUACUUACUUACUUACACCUGUU